AUGCCUCCCACCCAAGCACACUCCAAGCCUGUCAGCUAUGAUGAAUAUGUCAUUCGAGUGACCGCGCUCAUGACCAAAGAAAAAGGAUCGAUCGACCAGCCCUCCCUAUAUACCACAACACUGUCUUCGUCUACAGCUGGCAUCCAAACAUGGGCUUCGGGCUUCCACAGACUCGUCGACAUCAUGCUUGUUCUUCACAAACGCGAUGAGCUCCAAAUAGAAACACUUAACAGAGCAUCUCAGGCAUGCUCUGAGUGUUGGACUAUGACCUGCGCCUUUCAGGGGCUGCAAGACGCGAGAACUGGUGUCCGCAGUAUUGCGGCACGUCUGCAGGGCAUCCUUGAUCCAAACGGCAUCGAAUACAAGGGAGAGAAAGUUUAUGUUCCUUAUCUACAGGGUAUCAAAGUUGUUUUGUUUUGCGAAAACAUUGCGCUCAGCGCGCUAACUUUUCCCCGCGGGUUGACAGCCUCUGACAUCAUGAACCAAUUACCAUCUCUGGAUCACCAGACCGGUCAUCAACCGUAUCUACAACAAGCACAUUUUGCUGCCCCGCACCAACACCAACCACAGCAUCAAACACAAUCGACAUCCGUGUCUCCACAACCCCAGUAUUAUACCACGCCCCAAGACCAUGCAGGCGGAUAUGUGAAUGCUCAGUCGUAUGGUAACCCUCAACAAGGACCAUACACUGUCCCCACGGCAAGUAUGCAACAACACCCACAAGUUGCGCCUGCCCGCGCGAGCAUGGUUCCCCCACGAAGCAUCACUCAAGAAACAUACCAAUCCCCUGUGAUCGCCCAACCGGGAUCAGACUGGGCUAAAGAUCUCAUCAGGCAGGCCAAGGCUUCGGAAUUAAAAAAACACUCUCUCACUUUACAAUUACACACAGCUCAAAUUAUAUCGGCUCAUUCAUCACUCGAGCAGAAGAAUAAGAAGCUGGAAGAUGCCAAAACUCAAAAAGAAUGGCUUGAAUCUGAACGUGCGCGCUUACUCGACGAACUUCGGCAAGUUGAUUUGAGUGAAUCGGCGCUUCAGAGGGAGGUCAACGAACUCAAAAACAAAAUCAAGGCUAUUACAGAAGGGGAAUACGGGGCCGCCAAAAACGAAGUGGAGAUGAUUCGCAAGGAACUUGGACUUUCUCCUUUGCCGAGUCUGCAGACUACUCUGGAGGAGAAAGGCGCCAGAGGCUUCAUUCCAUACACUUCAGUAUUCGGAGCGACUGACGUUGGGCCAUCACGCACUGGAAGUAACCACAAACGACGACUGGACCAACCGGAUAAUGAAACCCCUACUGCAGAUGCCGAAAUACCCGCAACUGUACCAACAUCAGUGAUACAAUCUCCGCAGGGCAAUGAAACGAUACCAGACAAACGUGGACCAGGACGCCCGCGCAAAGUAGACACAAACGGUAACUUGUCCCUUCCAGGCCCACCGACUGAACCAGGGCGGGAUGGUGUGUCUCCCACUAAGCGCCCCCGCGGACGACCCAAGGGUUCCAAGAAUAAGCCCAAGGUUAUCUCGGAUCCGACAAGCGUUUAG